AUGAGCCUGUCCACAGCAAACCCAGCGGUCGUGUUGGACCCAACGGCAUAUCCACACGUGUUCGAUACGAUUCUGGAGUUCUCUGGCGUUCGUACCCUCCUCGCCCUGCGCUGCACGUCUCGCCAUGUCAAGAGCCUCGUCGACCCCAUUCUCCAGCGUGAGCGCAAGCACAUCGUCAUUCUCGCCUCUAGUAUUGUUUACCGAGACGGGACUAUGGCCCGUGGACUCUCUGGAGCACAGCUGCGCGUCGUGGACUUUCGCGGACCACAGUCGACCCGGUACCCCACCCUCGAGGCCGACCAGGAACUCUGGGGUCGGCAAGCUCGGCUUCCCCGCACGACGUGUACCUGCGGUCGUCACUGGAUUGUCUACUCCGCUGACACUGUCCGACAGGACAUGGUGCCAGUGUGUUCCAAGUGCGCGGACGUUGCUGGCGAUCGUUUGGUAGUGUUUGCCGACCUCAGCUGGGGGUGUACUCCGACUCCCCACUUAUAUGCUGCCCACGACCAGAAAACCAUGGUCUACACCCUCCUCGUGGACAUGACCAUGCACCCUAAUGACGUCCCACCCUUCAAAUACCCUUGGAAGUAUAAUGGAAGAGAAAUCUCAAUGGUGAGGCUGCCCAAGACAGUCAACAACGUCGUCUACCACAUCGUGCACCACACUCCGCCAGGACCCACACGCGCCAUCUACAUGGACUCUGGGGUCAUUCCCUACCGAGACCCCCGUAUCGGUUGGCUCCUCGACAACACCGCCCAUUUCAUCGCCAAGCACAUCCAUCUUCGGCCCGCCAAAGUCGAGUUUACCUUUGUCGACGUCGAAAAGUGGAACACAGCGUGGAUUACGGUUCCGAGCGACAGUGAAUCCAGCGGCUGGGACAUGCGACAACGAAUUGUACACGCAAUCGCCCACGCAGGCAUCACAAACCACGAAUGGUCCCACGAGACCGCAAUCCACCGCGUGAAUGCCUCGGUCUUUUUCCUCAGCACAGCGGCAUACAUCGCAAGAGAGGGUCUGGAGCAGUAUGUGUUGGAGACCGGAUGGAACUAUGAGCAGCCAGAGGAGAUUCCCAAAGAACCAGAGCAGCCCAUCAAGUUGGUCGUGGGAUAA